AUGGAGAGCACCCAGGAGCCCCCAAACAGCAGCACCCCAGGGCCCUUUGAUGGCCCCCAGUGGCCCCACCAGGCCCCCAGGGCCAUGUACCUGGCAGUGGCCGUGCUCAUGGGGCUGGUGGUGGCCUCGGCCUCGGUGCUCAAUGGCCUGGUCAUCGUGGUGUCCAUCCGGCACAAGAGGCUGCGCUCGCCCCUCAAUUACAUCCUGGUGAACCUGGCCGUGGCCAACCUGCUGGUGACGCUCUGCGGCAGCUCCGUCAGCCUCUCCAACAACAUCCAGGGCUUCUUCGUGUUUGGGGAGCGCCUCUGCCAGCUGGAGGGCUUCAUGGUGUCCCUGACAGGCAUCGUGGGGCUGUGGUCCCUGGCCAUCCUGGCCUUGGAGAGGUACCUGGUGGUCUGCAGACCCCUGGGAGACUUUCGGUUCCAGCGCCGGCACGCUGCCAGCGGCUGUGCCUUCACCUGGGGCUGGUCCCUGCUCUGGACAACCCCACCUCUGCUGGGCUGGAGCAGCUACGUGCCUGAAGGCCUGAGAACCUCCUGCGGGCCCAACUGGUACACGGGCGGCAGCAACAACAGCAGCUACAUCCUGGCCUUGUUUGUCACCUGCUUCGUGGUGCCCCUCAGCCUGAUCCUCUUCUCCUACACCAACCUGCUGCUGACCCUGCGGGCGGCAGCAGCACAGCAGCAGGAGUCGGACACGACGCAGCAGGCGGAGCGGGAGGUGACACGCAUGGUGGUGGCCAUGGUGGUGGCCUUCCUCACCUGCUGGCUGCCCUACACCACCUUUGCGCUGGUGGUGGCCACCAACAAGGACAUUGUCAUCCAGCCAGCCCUGGCAUCCCUGCCCUCCUACUUCUCCAAGACAGCCACGGUCUACAACCCCAUCAUCUACGUCUUCAUGAACAAACAGUUCCAGAGCUGCCUGCUGGGAAUGCUGUGCUGUGGUUACCACCCCAGGGGCAUGGGGAAAACCUCUCCAGCUGUCCCCGGUCCCCAGGUGGCUGCAGAGGGGCUGAGGAACAAGGUGACACCAUCCCACCCCGUGUGA